UUCAAGAUGGCUGACACGCGUGGUCGAGCAUCGUCUCCACUUAAGGCAAGGAACCGUUCCCGAGAUCGAGACCGAGAAAAAGACAAAGAACAGGAAAAAGAGCGAGAAAAAAGUGAUCAGAAGCCUACGAUUGAUCGGGAAAAGACUUGUCCGCUGCUUCUGAGAGUGUUUUGUAAUCAAGGUCGACAUCACAGGUUAGACGAAUAUUCCAGGACAGCUUUACCGUCGAAUGAGCUCCAAGUGUACACAUGGAAAGAUGCGACUUUGAAAGAGCUCAUGAGUCUAGUCAAGGAAGUCAAUCCAGAUGCAAGGCGCAAAGGCACAAUAUUUGACUUUGCCAUUGUAUUUCCAGAUGCUCGUCGCGGUGGGUUCAUCAUGAAAGAAAUUGGUUCAACUGCAGCAGGGCGCAAAGGGGCUGAUGACAUUGUAACACUUGAGUCUAAAAAGUUCCAAAUAGGAGAUUUCAUUGAUGUUGCUAUUCAGGCACCAAGGGUGGCAAGAAGAGAUAGACCUUAUUGAUAACAACACAAACAUUCAUAAUUUUUAUUUGUUUGUUGAUACGUUAAGACAGGUUCCUGCAAUGGCACUCAUGUAUUCUUAUGCAAUAUUGUUGUCUUUGAUUGUUUCAAAUUUAAUUUUUCCUUUCAGUGAACUUGACAUAUUUUUUUUCAUUUAUUUUGAAAUGUAAUGGAGGAGAGAGGAUGUUAAAAAACUGCCCUUUUGGAGAAACAAAUUGCCUCCUAGUGCAAAACUAGUCAAUGUCUUUGGUUGAGAAUUUUUUACUGAAAAGAUCUUCUGAUGUAGUGUUUUCUGACUUUGUAACAGGUUUUGUAUUCUGAUCUUAUUAAAACCCAGUCUAAAGCUGA